AUGAUCGAAAAUACAGUACCUAGGUACCUCUUCAUCCGGACGUGCAUUCUCGGCUUGCGCGCCAUUACGCCCUUUAGUGUCUUUUGGGUAUCUUUCAGUAUUGCAGAGCUGCCGCAUACGCCUUUUCGUCGCUUUUUGCUCGCGUGGAGCAUCAUCGAAACAGCGUUUUGGCUGUUGGGUUACCUACCCCGCAAGCGCUCGCUCCAAGCCUCUGCCCAACACCCCCCACUGCUCAAUAAAGAAGAGAGGAAGGAGCUCUUCUGGCGAUGCUGGGAUAAGAUUCCACAUCCAGAGUAUUACAUCAGCAGGUGGUUUCUGGGUGCGCGCCUCGGAGAGGUGCGGCGAGAGAAUGUGCGUGAGUUCUUCUCGUGGGCGCUGCUGAACCGGGGCACCGAGAACGAGGAUGAGCGGAAGAAGAGAAGACUCGCAAACCUGGAAGAAAGCGCGGCCGAAGAAGACGAACUGAACGAAUAUGCCGAUGGUAUAGAAACGAUGCUGGGGAGGAAACUUGCGCCAGGCUUGGGGAGCGCAAAGAGCCUGCGGUUGACUAUAGACCAAGUAAACAUGGCGCAUCGCCCGUUCUUGUGGUAUAUGACUGUAAUGCUAGUAGACACAGCGACAGCCGUACGGCUCCGCUUAGCCGGAUUUAUGCUAUUCCGCACCCAUCUCCGCUCGUCCCUCUCCGUCUUUCCACCGCGACUUACAAACCUCACUACACGAAAAAUAUCAACUGCGCCCGAUUUGAACUAUUGGUAUAGACCGCAUACAUCUAGAACGCGAUUGCCUAUUCUCUUUAUACAUGGAAUCGGCAUUGGCCUGUACCCAUAUGUCGAGCUCUUCAAUGAGAUAAACAAGCAUGAUCCGCUUGCAGCGCAAGAUGGCCAAGUAGGAAUCAUCGCUAUUGAGCUUUUACCAAUCAGCUUCCGCAUCACUGGCCCGAUUCUCGACAGGGACAGCAUGUGCCGUCAAAUCAACAUGAUCCUCCAACGUCAUGGCUUUGACAAAGUUGUCCUAGCCAGUCAUUCUUACGGCUCCGUCAUCUCCACUCAGCUCCUUCGGGAUUCUACAACUGCGCCUAAGAUCGGACCUAUACUCUUCAUCGACCCAGUCACAUUUCUCUUACACCUCCCAGACGUGGCUUACAACUUUACUGCACGCGCGCCGAGAGGUGCCAAUGAGCAUCAGCUCUACUAUUUUGCCUCAACUGACAUGAUGGUUGCGCAUACGCUGGCGCGCCAUUUCUUCUGGGCUCAGAACAUUCUGUGGAAGGAAGAUCUCAGAGGUCACGACGUGACUGUCAGUCUCGGUGGAAGAGACCUUAUAGUUGAUACCCAAACUGUAGGAAUGUACGUGAACGGCGUAGAUCUCAAAGGCGAGGAUCAGAGCUGGAAGGAUUUGGAGUGGAGAGGCCAUGGCUUGGAGACUCUGUGGUGGCCAACCGUGGAUCAUGCACAAGUUUUUGAAAGGAGAGAAUGCAGAGCAAAGCUAGUACAAGUCCUUCGGGAAUACGUCAAGCGGAAUCCUACAGAGGAAGAGGUGGACGAGCUGCUGUGA